AUGGGGUGCGGCGCCAGCAGGAAGGUGGUCCUGUGGCCGCCCGCCCUGGCCAGUGCCAAGCACGAGGGUCAAAGCCAAGGCGGCGUCGGAGGCGCGGGGCCCGGGCCCAAGGCGGCGGCCCAGGCGGCACAGAGGAUGCAGGUGGCUCGCUUCCGAGCCAAGUUCGACCCCCGCGUCCUUGCCAGAUAUGACAUCAAAGCUCUCAUUGGGACAGGCAGUUUCAGCAGGGUUGUCAGGGUAGAGCAGAAGACCACCAAGAAACCUUUUGCAAUAAAAGUGAUGGACACCAGAGAUAGACAAGGUAAAGAAGCGUGUGUGUCUGAGCUGAGUGUGCUGCGGCGGGUUAGCCAUUGUUAUAUUGUCCAGCUCAUAGAGAUCUUUGAGGCUGAGGAUCGAGUUUACAUGGUGAUGGAGCUGGCUACUGGAGGGGAGCUUUUUGAUCGACUCAUUGCUCAGGGAUCCUUUACAGAGUGGGAUGCUGUCAGAAUCCUCCGGAUGGUUGCUGAUGGGAUUAGGUAUUUGCACACACUGCGAAUAACGCACAGGAACCUAAAGCCUGAAAAUCUCUUAUACUAUCAUCCAGGUGCAGAGUCGAAAAUAUUAAUUACAGAUUUUGGUUUGGCACACUCUGGGAACAAAAGUGGUGACUGGACGAUGAAGACAUUCUGUGGGACCCCAGAGUACAUAGCUCCUGAGGUUUUGCUAAGGAAGCCUUAUACCAGUGCAGUGGAUAUGUGGGCUCUUGGUGUGAUCACAUAUGUUUUACUUAGCGGAUUCCUGCCUUUUGAUGAUGAAAGCCAGACAAGGCUUUACAGGAAGAUUCUGAAAGGCAAAUAUAAUUAUACAGGAGAGCCUUGGCCAAGCAUUUCCCACUUAGCAAAGGACUUUAUAGACAAACUACUGAUUUUGGAGGCUGGUCAUCGCAUGUCAGCUGGCCAGGCCCUGGAUCAUCCCUGGUUGAUCACCAUGGCUGCAGGGCCUUCCAUGAAGAAUCUCCAGAGUGCCAUUUCCCAAAACCUCCUACGGAAGGCCUCUCCUCACUCUCAGAGUCCUGGAUCUGCACAGUCUUCUAAGUCACGAUAUUCUCACAAAUCCAGGCAUAUGUGGAGCAAGAGAAACUUAAGGAUAGCAGAAUCACCACUGUCUGCACUUUUGUAAACAGAUGAUCUCUAAAACCAUUUUAGCCUACUUUAGAACCAUUUCAUCAUGAUUAGGGCACCCUCAAGCUCCAAGGACAUGGGACUCCGUGGUAUUGUUGGAUAGUGUUGACCUUGACUUUUAACAUUUUUUGGUCUAUAAUUUUUCCUAUACCUAUAUUCGUUUUCUCAAAGCAUACUACUGCAAACGAUAAAUAGUAACUACUAGCUAUGUUUAGACAACUGGAAACAAUACAUAGACAAAAAAAUCUCUUAAGUAUUUCAUGGAUUAAAUAUAAUAUGAUACUAUAGGAAUACGGGACGUAUAUGUGAAGGCAUGGCAAAUCAGAGACAUAGCAGGAAUCGUUAGAUAUGGGGAAUAUAUGUAUUUAUCCUGAAAUUGCUGAUGUUUAUUUCAGACUCAGUGUACGGUGUUAAUUAGAUGACUCUCAAGGUAGUUAUAAACGUCUGUUAAUUUCAUAUUUAGUCUGCAAAUAUUUAUAAAAAAUUAUUAGAUAUGGGGCCUAUAAAGAACUCUAAGAUAUAGUUUCAAUCUAUCAGAAACUUUUAUUUGGUCUAAUUGGGGCACUAUUCACUGGAAAAAUAGGGAUUUUUAAGAAUCAUAAAAUAGUGAUUUUUUUUGUAGUGUUAGCAUUUAUUAACCACAAGUGUUUGCAAAAAAAUAUGAUCAUCUUGCUUCUUAUCACUACUGUCAACACUUUUUAGUAUGCACUGGUUUCCUCUAGAAUUAUUUAAUCAAAUAUCUUGAUGACUUUAAACCCUCACCAUGAAAUAAUUAUAGGUAAUGCAAUGAAGAGGUAAGUUUCCAAACUUAGUUCUCUAGGCAAGGCACAUAUGGCCUGAUCUCUUAUAAAGUAAAUUUUUGUAAAAUGAUAUAAAGACUGAAAUACUAUUAAUUACAUCUGUGAGUCACUCAUAGGAGUGGGUAAAUAUAGCAAAUAAAUGAUUAACUAGUUGAUAUUACUUAUUUUAUUAAGUAAAAUAAUAAAAUGUUAGAAUGACAUUUACAACAACUUUAAAAGUAGUUCUAAUUUUUUCACUUUAUUUUUCUCUUUUAGGCUAUAUAGAUGGAACAGUUAUAUAUCUCAUAUAUAGAUAUGAAUAUGUAAUUAGUGACAAAACUAUUUUCUUUAUAAGUUGUAACGCUGUAUCACAUAAUAUAUGACAGGCCUGGGUUAAUUCCUUUAAUAUAGACAGACACAAAUUUAUAAGAAAAAUAAUAGAAAAAUGGGCAAACAUUAUGCUAUGUGGUUUAUAAACAUAGAUGGCUAAUAAAUACAUGAAGAAAAUGCUUAGUUUCAUUUGUAAUUUACAAAUGAAAAUUAAAAUGACAAAGAAAAUGAAAA